AUGUAUUCACUCUAUGUCAACAAUCAGCAUGGUACGUUAGUUUACGAAAAGCAUUUCAGCGACGAAAUAAAGUUAAACAGUAAUGAAGAGAUAAGACUGGCCUCCAUGCUGCACGGCAUUUCGACCAUAUCUGAGAAAAUCAAUGUGCAUGCGCCCCCCAUAAAUGAAUCGAAGAGAAACAUUUUCAAGUCACUAGAGAAGAAGGGCAUCGAGACAAUCGAGGGGGAUGGUUUCAAAAUCCAAUGUUACGACACGUUGACAGGAAUUAAAAUUUUUAUUGUGCACAAAGAUGAUCUCAACAUCGAAGCCAACACCUAUUUGAAAAGGGUUCACGAAUUGUAUAGCGACAUCAUUUUGAAGAACCCCUUCUACGAUAUUGAUAUGCCUAUACGUUCCGCCGUUUUUAACGAGCAAAUCGAGAAGCUCUUCGCGGGCUUAUGA